AAGGCCAGGGGCGCUGAGAGAGUGAGGGGACCUGCGGCGGGAAAACGGGGUCGUAGGAGCGGGCCUGCGGGGCAUGCGGCCUGGCGCUCGGCCAUGUCGUCGUCCUUGGAAGGCCAGUGCCGCCCACCUGCCGGCGGACUCACGGGAUGUAAAGUUGUCUUAGAGCCCGGGCUAGGCCAGGCGCCCGUCCUUCCGGGCCCUACGUCUUCCGUCCGGCCAUCUUGGCGCACGUACGGGGACUCGCGCACGCACGCAUGCCGGACGUCGCUACGCCAGUCUCCUGCCCGGGCGCGCCGCGGCGGGGGGAGGUGGGGGGAUGGGCGUGGCCGUCACAAGCGCACCUGAUUGGUCCGUUCGGCGCGCGUAGCCCCGCCCCUGGGUUCUUGGCUCCCCUCCUGGCCUGUGAGACAGCGCAGACACUUGCAGACCCUUGCUGUUUGCGGCCGUCCAAGGAGGGAUGCUGGAGGAAAGUCGCUGAACCAUAUGAGAUUUCUGUUUCUUUUUUUACCCCCGUUUAUCAUUUACUGGGCUUCCCGGCAUAAGGCUCCUUGAAGUAAAAACAUUUUCUUACUGAACAGCCGCAGUUCCGAGAGCACGCUGUGCUAGGCGCGGUUCCGGGAAGGGUAUGCCACGUAAUGAUAUGCAUGCUGAAGUACUUGAGGGUGAAAUGUAGCAGUGUCUGCAGCUUACUUUGAAAUGUAUCAAAACAUAAUAAAAUGGAUGGAAAGAAGAAUAAAUGUACAUACACCACCGAGAGCAACAGUGGAAUGACAGUCAGGGAUAAUGCAGAAGAGCCCCGGGAAGUGGAGUGAGGACAGAAAGUAGCAGGAGCUGCAGAAGAGGAGCCACAAACAUAGGAGACAGGCCCUGGGGAUGCCUGUCAGUCUGUCCUCUGGUGCUCAGAGGAUGUGGAGUUUUUCAGUGAUCCUGUCUCAAGUUGUUGAUUCUUUCUAAAAUGAACUUUUUAAUUAUGAAAAAAAAAAUUUAAACAUAGAAAAGUUGAAAGACUAACAACUAAACACUCAUACAAGCAUAAGCGAGAUUCUGCAGAUGUUGCCAUAAUCACACUUAUUUGCUGCUGAACCAUUUCAGAGUAUUAGCUGGCAUUCCCCUCUAAAGAACACUUUUCUUCAUUGACUGGGGAUGAUUAUAGUUCUCCCUAAAAGGAUGGCUGCUCUUUUCCUCAAGAAGUUAACAUCACAAACCAUAAAGACUGAGAAUUACUACAUUAGAAGAUAUUUGGGCAAAUACAUUUUACAGGGGCCGGCGCCCACACAGCUGUCCCCAAGACCGUCCUGCCUCAUUCACGCAAAAGCUUUUAGCACUGAAGACACCCAGGAUGAGAGGACAAAGAAAAAAAAGAACGAGACGGCUUUCAGUAGCGUUGGGAGAAAAAUCAACGAGCGCAUCAUUCACGUGCUGGACGAGCAAGGCAACGACCUGGGCCACAUGCACCGGGCGAAUGUGAUCAGGCUCAUGGCUGAGCGGGACCUGCGGCUGGUGAAGAGGGACCCCCACGCGGAGCCCCCACAGUAUCAGCUCCUGACGGGCGCACAGAUCCACCAGGAGCGGCUGCAGCUCCGAGAGGCGGAGAGGGCCGCGCCCAAGCCGGGACCCACCCUGACCAAGGAGCUGACCUUUUCUUCAAAUAUUGGACAACAUGAUCUGGACACAAAGAGCAAACAGAUUCAGCAGUGGAUCGAAAAAAAGUACAAAGUCCAGAUUACAGUAAAGAAAGCAAAGAGUGCAGACGAGCCCGAGAACAAAAUGGAGGAGAUGUGUAAUCGAAUCGUCCAGACCAUGUCUGGAAUUGCAACCUUCUCAUCCCGGCCACAGCCCAUCAGAGGAGGCAAGGCUGUGAUGUGUGUUCUUCGUCCCUUGAGCAAAAAGGAGGAGGCUGCAUGGAGAGCAGCUCCGGGCACCCCGAGAGGAGACGCUCUGAACAGGGGAGACAGGAAGGAUGGAGCAUCUGGUGUCCUGCCCCAGUGACUUUAAUAAACACAUGCUUCCGGGAGAGAGAACUGCAGUGGCUGGUCUGUGGUCCUCCACACAGCGCAGGUGGAUGUGCAGCUGUGGUCAGCAUGGUGACGUGGAGCGCGCGUGGCCUUCCAUGCAGCUCAGCGGCUCCCCAUUCCUGGGCAAAGGCACAGCCUGGUCCUGUGUCCUCUUAGGAGGCAGGUACCCACUGAGCCGGGAGGCCAGGCUCCGCUUCCCUCGAGACGGCCUCACCUUGGGGAAUAAGGAAGACAGAGCCAGUCAGGCCUCGUGUCUGCAGGUUCUGCAGCUGGGUCAACCAACAGCCCAUCCAAAGUGUUUUUAAAAAAGGAAAAAUCCAGAAAGUUCCAAAAGACAAAGUUUGAAUUUGCCAUGUGCUGACAACAAUUUACACAGCAUUUCCAUUGUAUUAGGUAUCAUAAGUAACGUACAGAUAAUUCAUGGUACAUAGGAGGAUGUGCGGAGGUUACAUGCAAAUACAGAUGACCCUGGAACUCAGGGGUAGGAGGGCAGGGGGGUUAGGCACACAGACACCAGCACAGUCGAAAAUGCACAUAUACUCAAGCACCUGUGGACUCUGGUAUCCUGGGGGGGUCCCAGAGCCAACUCCCCAUGGAUACCAAGGGAUGACUAAUUCAGAACCAAAACUAUCAGAAUCGUAUGCCUGUCAGGUAUGCAACUACCGCAGCAUACAAUAAAACUGUCGUAAAUAAGGAUGUGAACUCCACCCAACUGCCUUAAAUAGUCAUACAGACUCACAAACUAAUAAGUAGUUGAAAAUAUGCCAAAUAGCAUAUUUAGCAUCUGGUUUAAGCAAUUAUAAUGUUUUAAAAUUAA